AUGUCGCCCAGUCAGGUUUUGUUGAUCUCAGUGUUCUUGGGUCUGAAUGGUUAUCAUGUAUUUGGUCAAACCACGAUCGAUUGUCAAAGACCGCCGCAACUUGUGGAUCCCGCACUUUGCUGCAGGGAUGGGGGCCGAGACCAGGUGGCCGAGCAGUGCGCCCAGUUGAUUCUAGGAGCAGCAAGUGGACAGAAGCCCGGUGGCCCUCCAUCACUGGACACCGCAGCAUGCCUUGCCGAGUGCAUUCUCACCUCAUCCAAGUACAUUGAGGAGCCCGAAAAACUGAACUUGGCCAACAUACGCAGUGAUCUCUCGGCCAAGUUCUCCAACGAUAGCGGCUAUGUGGAAGCUAUGACGAUGGCCUACUCCAAGUGCGAGCCCCAGUCCCAGCGCAGAUUGGCAAUGAUCCUGCAGCAACAGCAGCAGCAGCAGUCCCAGCAGCAACAGCCCAAGCAGCAGCAGCCCCAGCAGCAACAGCUCAGAUGCAGCCCCUUCUCCGCCAUUGUCCUUGGCUGCACCUAUAUGGAAUACUUCAAGAACUGUCCGGAUCAUCGUUGGACCCAAAAUGCCCAGUGUGCUCUGGCCAAAGCCUACGUUACGCAGUGCGGCUUGGGGGCCUAGCUUUUCGAUCCAUUCCAA